UUUUGUUAAACGCAGGUCGAAAUAGUUUACUGUGAAAUUUUGUGAAAAAGUAGUAAAAAUAGUGCAUAAUAAUUUAAUAUUUGAACAUAUUCUGCGAAGCAUCCGUUAGUGUGCAAAAUUCUUCAGAUAUGGAUGCCUCCUUGGAGAAAUCCUGCCUGGAAGAAAUCAGCCACACUGUCCUAGACUCACAACAGAAGAUUUCAGUUCGUUCAAUAUCGAACAACUAUGGCUUGAACUUCCUAGAUGCAGUCAAGAUUCUGCAGCAAUGGCUCGACAAGAACGGCACGAAAGCCAAUCUUGUCAAGGAGUUUAUCGUCCGGGGCUUCGAUCCCAAACAGGGUGGCGCCUUUAUAACCGUAGUCAACGAGAAGAAGCUAAAGGUCGUUCAGUCCAAGGUUAGCCGGAUAUCGAGCGUUCUUUAUGCCGUGGAAGUGGCAGCGGAAUCCUCCCGGAAGUUGGUCAUUCCCGAAGAGCAGGAGUUUAGCGUGAUCAAUCUUCCUUUGCGAUCGGACAAACGGGACGUACACGUCUUCACACCAGCCGCGAAUCCACCUCCAGCCGCCGCCGCUGCCGUCAAGCAAGAAUCGAAAUCAAAAAUUAAAUCUAUGUUUGCAGCCGGUGCUUCUAAACCGAAGCAGGAAUCUCCGAAACCGGAUACGGUUAAGGAGGAAAAGCAGAGCCCUCCCGCGGCAACAGGAAAGAAAGAUACAGCCAAGGCUACUUCUCCUCAGAAAUCGCCCAGUAAGGGUUCACCCAGCAAGAAGAAGGAUGCCAAGAAAGCCGUCAGUGGCAAAGCUUCCAUAGCAUCGUUCUUUUCUAACAAACCGGGUGCCUCCAAGCCAAUGCCGGUUGCUUCUGCCGGUUCUUCUGCGGCAGUGGAAGUGAAGAAAGAGAAGGAAUCUCCCAAGGAGGCUAAGGAGCCUAAAAAGGAAGAGAGAAUGACCAACGGGAAGCGUGAGGACACCCCCCGUUGGAAGCGAAUGAUUUCCGAUGAAUCGGACGGAGACGACGUGAUCCCGAACACGCCACAGGCAAAGAAGGAACCGGCAAAGAAGGGCGGUAGAAAGACGCUGGCAUUGAAGAAGAAAGGAACUAGCAAGGCAAAUCCCAGCAAGAGAUCCAGGAUUUUGCAGGUUGUAGAUUCCAGCGAGGAGGAGGAGGAGGAAGAGGACGAAACUCGGAAUCUCAGCGAACCGGAGGAGAGGCUGAUUAAGUUUGAUGUUGAUGAAUCGGAGGAUGCGGAGAUGAAGGACGAUGAAGAUGCAGAGGAGAAGAAAAAGAAGGAGCAACAGCUGAGCCCGGAAAAACCAGUGGAGAAUGAUUCCAACAGUUUGAAUCGAAAGAGAGCGAAGGUUAAGAAGUUGGUCACCAAAAACUAUAUGGAUGAGGAAGGCUAUAUGACCACCAUCAAGAAUUACGUAAUGGUGUCCGCAUCCGAGGAUGAAGACGACGGAGAUGCGUCGAACAAUAACACAGCGGAAGGAAAGAAGGCAACUGCCGAGGAGGAGCCCGUUGCGAGCGGAGGUGGUGAUAAGAAUAGUACCUCGAAUGCUAAACCGGCGAAUAAGAAACCGAGUAAGGUAACUCCGCCGACUCCCAAAACCAAGCAGGGGUCGAUCAUGAGCUUCUUUUCCAAGAAGUAGUAUUAUUGUAGAAGUCAGGGCGGUACAGUUUUCUAUUGUCUUAUUAAAUUGCAGUUGUUCGUUCUAGUAA